AUGAUUGUAGCAUAUUACAACAAUGAAGAAGAAAUGAAUAAAGAAAAAAUAUAUGAUGUAGAUAGACAUGCAAAUAAGUUAACUUAUAUGUAUAGAGCUGAAAUUUUUAAACGCAAUCCAGAUAAAGAAAUGCAAUAUAGUGUUAAACUGUGGGACGUACUUUUAGGAUUUAGAAAUAAAGAUAUUAAACAAGAAUUAGAAUUGAAGUUUGAAAAACGUAGUGCACAAAAAUUACUUGCUAAUUGGAGCAUCAUUAUUGGAAAAGGUUCUCUUAGAGUAAUACAAUUAGAUCAAACAAUUGAUAAUCUUAAAUUACGUGGUCAAUAUGUAACAAGAAUAAUCAGUUUGCCCAAUGAUAUCACAGCAAGAUGGCCACACAUCGAAAAACUGGAAACAAAAACUUGUUACUUUUCAAGAACAAAAAAUUACAGGAAGAAAAGUGAAGCUAUUAUCUCUUUUCAAGAAGAAGAAGCUUGUGAGAAUACUUGCAAUGUGGUAUGGGAAGGGUGUGAUCUUAAUAUUAGAAUUGUAAAUAUUCAAACAAAAACAUGCCAUUGUUAUAUUAACUGCCCUUGUAGAACUCAGGACCACGAAUAUAAAAAUAAAGUAACAGAGAGAAUAGAAAAAUUUGUGAAUUUAGAUAUCACAAGUGAUCAAAGAUUAGAAAGAAUUGAACAAGUUCUGAACGAACUUUGCAAACGUUUAGAAAUUUUAGAACAUCAUGUGAUGAAUAUAACAGAAGAACAGAUUCAAGAUUGGACUUCAGAACAGGAGGAUGAUGAAGACAUGAUAGAUGAAGAA